AUGAAAGCCAUCAAAAUCAUCCAAAGCGGCUCAAAACAAGCCGCUGAGCUCCAAGACGUCCCUCUCCCGACUCUCAGAGACGAUUAUGUUCUCUGCAAAGUCACCUGCGUGGCGUUGAAUCCAACCGACUGGAAACAUAUCGAUGGCGAUGGCGGGAUCCCGGGCUCGGGGGUAGGGAGUGAUAUGCGCGGUGUUAUCGAGGAGGUUGGGACGAACGUCUCGAAUGACUGGAAGAAGGGCGAUCGGAUCGCUGCGUUUGUGCAUGGAGGGAAUGAUACGCAUCCUGAGGACGGUACGGAGACGUAUACCUUAGGCUUUGAAGGCAUAAGCGACGAAGAUGCGGCGUCGUUGGGCGUCGGAGUGACGACGUGCGGGCAGGCGCUGUAUCAGAGUCUGAGACUUCCGUUGCCUGGGUCUUGCGAGCAUCACGGCAAGCCCUUGCUAGUUUAUGGAGGAAGCACGGGGACUGGUAUGCUCGCUAUCCAGUACGCCAAGCUCUCCGGCUACACAGUCAUCGCCACAGCCUCCUCUCGCAACUGGCCCCUCCUAAAAUUCCUCGGCGCCGACGAAGUCUUCGACUACAAAGACCCCGACUGCGCAAGCAAGAUCCGCUCAUGGACCAACGACAAAUGCACUCUAGCCCUCGACUGCAUCUCCGAAGGCAGCUCACCCAACAUCUGCGAAGAAGCCCUCUCCUCCCAAGGCGGCACCAUCACAUACCUCCUCAAAAGCGCCAUGGAAUCUAAUACCCGUACUGACAUCGAGCUGAAGCAUACCUCCGGCUACACGGCUUUUGGCGAAGCUUUCGAUAAACUCGGUGCGCAUGUGCCGGCGAAGGAAGGGGAUCUCGAGCAUGCGAGGAUGUUCUGGCGGUUGACGCAGAGGUUGUUACAGGAAGGAAGGCUGAAGCCGGCGCCGGUGAGGGUGGGAGGGGAGGGGCUGGUGGGUGUGUUUGGGGGGAUGCAGGAGAUGAGGGACGGGAGGCUGAGUGGGGAGAAGUUGGUUUAUCGGGUGGGCGAGACGCCGACGUAG